CAAGAACAGCAUGAGCAGGUAAUCAAAAUCAUCUUCAAGAAAGGAAAAUAUAGCAUGAAAUGGAAAUCAAUCUUCUUCUUCGUUCAACACUGCAGUUGUAAAUUGAGAAAUACGAGCUACUACAGCGGCAACAAGCACUAUGUCAUUGUCAAUGCUGCCUUCCUAAAUUCUACAGACGCCUCUACUUGAGGCCGCUGCCUUCAUGAUACAACCUGUUUGCUUCCACGUGGUUUCUUCGGAGUGGUACUAGUGCUACAAGAAAAGCAACAGGAUGAAUUCCGGUGCACGAUCGCGCCUUGGGGGCGCUCUGCGCGCUAUCACGUCUUCGUCUAGCAAAACAGAGCAGGAGCAGCCCAAGAAUGAGAUCGAGAUUGUGAAACUCACGCCACCAGAAAAGCUCGAGGAUCGAUACCAGUUUGACUUGAAGCUUUACGAUGCAGGUAUCUAAGAGCUGACUUCGGCAGUCUAUUGCUCUUGCUCUUGGUGCUAAUCCUGAUGAUCACAAAAUGUGUGAUGAACUCAAAAAGUAGAUUAGAAGGAUUAUUACCUUAUGAUUAAAAUAGUUCGAUGAUGAAUCCCUAGUCUUUAGUUAUCGCUAUCGCUUUGACGCAAAUGAAGGUGACCGCAGCAAGGUGUUUCAGGCGACAGAAAAGGCAACGGGUAAGGAUGUGAUAGUAAAGAUGCGAAAAAAGGGCUUUUUCAGUGGGGGCGAGCGGGUGUGGCGAUCUGUGCUGACGCGCAUCAUGAAUAUCGAGAAAAGCGAUAAUAUUCUCGGAAUAGAUACGAUCAUCGAAGACGAUAAAGGUAAGGACGGUUUACUUUAAUUAGCUUGAUGUCAUUGUCUGUAGAUGUUACAUCUACCAGAAGGUCUUACUAGUAUUAGGACCACUACACAUAGAUGAACAAGAAGAUUCUUCUUUAGAUUUUCGCCAUUUAUCUAACUAUAUCUACGUCGCCCUAUAUAAUUGAUCAGAAAAGAAAAGCAAGUGGCUGUCGUGGCACCAGAGACAGUGUUCAAGUUCAUGUUGAUGAUGGUGAUAAAUCUCAGCGUAUUACGUCGUGAUGCAGAAGUGCGCUGGCGGAGAACUCUUCGAUUUUCUUUUGAACGAGACGGACGUGCCAGAGCGGGAAUGCAAAAGUUAAGGCUUGCCGUAAUUCAUUCUGAGAAGCUGUAUCUUUGCCCGUCUCUGUUUGAAGGGGCGGAGAGCGUGUCUGUCAAAGAUGAGGCUCUCUAGGUGAGAAUUUGGGUAAGCUCUAAAAGAGGAUAAUGCGAGAAAUCUUAAAGGCGGUCGACCAUCUCCAUUCCAGGGGUCUCAUACAUCGAGAUAUCAAGCCGGAAAACGUCUUGUACUAUAAAUUCUAUGUUGUGUACUAUGUAAAUGUACUAGUACUUGUUCUUUUUUAGACCACGCUCAUGAAGCGUAAGUGUACGAAGAUGACAGUAGCUAAUCAGCACAACGUGAACGUGGCUUAUUUUGUUCGUCCUUGCUGCACUUUGUACCUCUCCUGUAUGUGUAUCUUUUUAUUUUGGGUUGUGCUUCAAAUUAACCCUAUAAUUUGCCUGUUAAGACUAUGAAAAAAUUUUGAACAUGAUCCAGAUUUGCCAAGGGGCCUAACGAGGAGGAACAGCGGAAACUAAAGCUGAUAGAUUUUGACACUGCGCAAGACUGGUCCCCUAAGAGCCCCAAAGCACAUCGCAUAGUGGGUACUCCGGGAUACAUCGCGCCAGAGUCCUUUCGUGGAGACUACACACCCGCUAGCGACUUGUGGAGUGUUGGCGUCAUUCUCUACAUCUUAAUGACCGGGGACAUGCCAUAUCCGGAGGACGUAUUUUUGUUCUUGAUUUUGUUGGUAAUUAAUUAUGCUAAAACUAAUUCGAACAACAUGUGCAUGUUACUGCUAAGUAUGAAACUUGACAUGGUGCUGGUAGGCGACGGUGGAGAACUGAGAAUUUCGAUUAUACAUUUUUUUAAAAAUUAUGCCAGGUCUUCGGUGAUGAUAUUGCUGGCAACAACCAAGUCGGAGGAGCGAAGAUGGAGCAGAUAUAUUCGCGUUUGAAGAAAUUCAAAAUCGAUUUCGACUGCCCUCCAUGGCCCGACUUCCCGCAAGCAAGGGAUCUCUGUCAGCAGCUUUUAGCUUUCGAUCCCGGGGAUCGAAGUCCGAGCGCCGCAGAUGCGUUACAGCAUCCAUGGUUGAAGGAAUAGAAAAAAGUCCUUCUCACUUCAUCCUUGGCAAAUUUGGUGCCUUCAAUCACAUUGUAAAUAUGCACCACGAGGAGAAUAAAUUCGUUUCCAUGAUCUUCACCUUCAGAUUGAUAUUUAUGAGAGUUACUUCUCGGGUACUAGAAGUAUUAUACAUACAGGUAAGGCAUUCGUAAUCGUAUUGAAUUUGAAUAGUAUAGAAAUUUCGCAUUCUCUUUCUCAGUCAUUAGAAGCAGGUUUUGGUAGUAUCACUUUACUUAGGGGGCGCUGCCGCGUUUGAAUGAAAAUAAAGUCGCAUGCACAGUCACGGUAGAGAUCCUGGGAGAUGAACUCCGUAAGGAUCGAGCUGCAUUCUUUGCUGGCGUGCACGGUUUAUUUGCAGUGAAUAUCAUAGCGAUUACGUGAAUUUGAAUAGUUUUUUAGAGUAUGCAAACCUAAAAUGAACGGUAUGUUACAGUAGCCAGCACUAAUACCAGGGUCACGAGUGGAUCGCUAUUUCAGUAGUCGCUCAGUAAACGAAGUGUUAAUUUGCAUCUAAGUUAGUUGUAAGUAACUAGUUCAAAACUGAGUGUGUGGUUGUGGUUGAUAUUUCAGUAGCAGAGAGAGUCUUUUGUCAAUAGAAGACGUGUUUCUCAUUGUCUUCCUCUGUAGGUAAAAACAGCAACAAGCAGGUGUCAAAGACUUUUUGGGUCAGCGAAUAAACGCAGGAGUGCGAAGCUACCAACCAACAGCAAACAAGGCACAACGACGGCUCGUUCAGGAAUUAUCAUCUCAUCGAGGCUGGUAGGCCUAGGCUGUAAAUCUAUAAAGCAAGGCGAAGUACUUCUACUAUCUGUAUCUUCGCAUUUUAU